GGCAUGGAAGGAGUUAGAUAAACCUCAGUUGGAGGGGGGAUGGGAGUUUUUCACAGAGACUAUGGGUGUCAAAAUCUACCGGCUGUAUGACAAGGAAACUGGACUUUAUGAGUACAAAGUCUUGGGAGUGCUCGCCACCUGCACUCCAGAACUGUGUGCUGAUGUCUACAUGGACUUGCCCUAUCGGAAACAAUGGGAUGGAUAUGUCAAAGCUGCAUGAGAAGGACUAUGAUGGUCGUUCAGCAAUCUACUGGGAGGUGAAAUACCCUUUUCCUCUGUCAAACAGAGACUAUGUGUACGUCAGGGAGCGGAGGGACGUUGACGUGGACAGCAGGAAGAUCUGGGUGGUCCUGGCUAAGAGCUCCCCACAGUCCCUGUUACCAGAGAAGAGUGGGAUGCAGCAAGUGAAUGACUACAAGCAGACUGUGGCCAUGGAGAGUGAUGGUGCCUGUGGCACUAAAGAGCGGAGUGCCUGCCUUCCUUACAGACAUGCAGAAGGCCUGUGGCAAUUACUCAAACUACUGCCAGAAGAACAAGAAAUGAACGCCCUUUGUGGGAAGUCGCAUCAAAGCCACAAGGAUUGUAUUUUUCAACCCAUCGUUCAAUAAAGUCUACACUUAUGGUGUCUGAGGGCCAUUGUGGGUGUUUGGGGUAUGGUUGGAGACUUAUUACGAAGUCAAUAGGUGAAAGUGGUGGUGGUGUAAUCUGCAGCUGGAUGUGGUACUGACUGGGGCAUGUACUGUAUUUUAGUUGUAUAAAAAAAUCAAUUUCAAUUGAAGUUAUCUGGUACUGAAUUCCUACUCCUAUGUAAAUGUUGCAUUUUGGGCUUGCCCACAGUAAGGGCUUGGAUGAGAUCUGUAGUGAUCUACCCCCUGUUUUAACAAGUACUGUUUCUUUGACGACAAUGGCUUUUUUUAUUUUCCUGUUUAUUAUGGUCAAAUGUAUGUUGUUGUUUUUUAAAUCCUACAUUUUUUCAUGUAUGAAUGUUCAGUCAAUGAAUAAUAUGCAUUUUUGCACUUGUGAUUAAGCACUGAAAUCAAAUCAACUUCCAAACCUUAAUGUCUAUAGGAAGAAAUGCAGUGCUGUAAUUAUAUGUAUUUCCCUAAUGGACAUUUUGAAUGUACAUUUAAAAAAUAUAUUUUUUUCCUAUCAUUAAGUUGCCUGCACUGAUUUGUUGUGAUACUUGAAAUUGACAAAAACACGAUAAUGAAAUAGUUUAAGUUAAUUAUUCAUAUGUUGAAUCUUCGAGAGCUAGGCCUAUACCUCUUUAUCCUUGUGUGGUUGCAAUUAGGGGUCCAGUUCUGUGGAGAUGAUACAGUGUGUAUUACUAUCUAAUACAUAUCAAUAAAAUGACGGCUGAGAUGAA